AUGCAAAAAGCGACGGAUAAAGGUGAUUAUGUCUUACAAAAUGCGACGAGUUCCACCGGUCAAUCUGGACAGACUGCGCCUAUCAAAGACCCCCAGGCCAGUGGCAAGUUGACAGGCUCAGGAGAACAUCUUCCACCGUUGCACCUUGAUGAGCUCGAAUUAUUGCAUCAUUUCGUCACGGAAACUUGCAUGACUCUCUCGGACCGUGAAGAAAGUCACAAUAUAUGGAGACUGGUGGUGCCUCAGAUCGCUUUUCAGCAUGAUUUCCUAAUGCGAGGCAUCCUGGCCAUAUCAGCCCUUCACUUGGGCACGCUACGACCGAUGAAGCAGAUGUAUUUUACAAACAUAGCUAUUCAGCAUCAGGAUGCUGCUUUGCGCUCCUUCCGGGAUGUAAUGACAAGAAUGGAUGCCUCCAACGGCGAUGCAUUCUUCGCGAUGUCAACCUUGAUCGUAGUCUACGGGUUUGAAUCGCCAAAGGCUUCUGACGGACUUGGAAUGUUCAGGUUCAACGAGCAUUCUGAUGAGUGGCUACCACUCAUUCGCGGUGUCAACUCCAUAAUCCAGAACGUUUGGGGCGACAUCAAGCGAGGCAGGCUUAGCGGACUGCUUCAUGACCAUGACCAAUCGCCAGUGACAAAAAACGUUCCCCAAAGCGUUGAUGGACAGCUUUCGCUGCUUGAGCAACUUUGCAAUGAUAUGUCGAGCACUGGAGAGGACAAAGCGGCGUGCCUAGAAGCCGCGUAUCAACUACGAUAUGUUUACACAAGAAUCAUCAAUAAGGAAACCUACGAGUGUGAUGUGUCUUUGUCUUUCUUGUGGCCUGUUAUCGUUCCGCAGCAUUACCUGAAGAUGCUCAACGAGGGGAGAUCUGAAGCCUUGAUUAUCCUGGCUCACUACUGUACUGUUCUGGACCGCUUAGACCGCUACUGGUGGUUGAAGGGCUGGGCGAGCCACAUUGUACAUCAUAUACAGAAAGAGCUUGACGCUGCGAUGCAGCAUUGGAUUCAAUGGCCGAUCAGCAUCGUCACCCUUCAUCCUGUCAAUCUCAUCACCCACUCAGGUGCGCAAAGUUCGUCUGACAACAGAACUCAAGACAGUGGCAGCUACGGCACUGCAAUUGGUGAUCAACUUGCCAGGACCCCAGGAGAAAUCAAAGAGCUACAGCGCGACAGUAGUGGCGAGUGGACUAGCGUUGGUCGGGAUGAAAAUUCAUUGCCCGAGGAACAGAACGGUCACACUAACGAUACCUUUAUAUGCUGA